AGCGGCUGCGUAGUGAACACAUGAUCUAGGAAUACAAACAGCACGCCUGCAAUGAACAUUAUUCUGAAUUGCUGAGUGUCAUUAAGAGCGUCAGGAUGUUUCGUGGUUUCUUUGUGAAGACGAUCAGCUUUGUUGGCUACACCGUCCAGUAUGGCUGCGUCGCUCACUGCGCCUUUGAAUAUGUUGGUGAAUUUGUGUCGUGUUCAGGUCCUUCCAUGGAGCCCACCAUCACUAACCAUGAUGUGGUUUUCUCUGAACGAAUAAGCCGCCACCUCUACCGCAUACAAAAAGGGGAUAUUAUUAUAGCCAAAAGUCCUUCUAAUCCCAAGAUGAACAUUUGUAAAAGAGUAAUCGGGCUGGAGGGAGACAAAGUCUGCACCAGCGGACCAUCUGACAUCUUUAAAACACACACUUAUGUACCAAGAGGGCACGUGUGGCUGGAAGGCGAUAACCUUCGGAAUUCCACAGAUUCCCGAAGCUAUGGCCCAAUUCCCUAUGCCUUGAUCCGAGGACGUGUUUGCUUAAAGUUGUGGCCGCCGCAGAGUUUUGGUGUAUUGGCUGAGAGUCCUAACGAUGGACGCAUUUUAUGAAGAAGCUCUGCCCAUGUAUAGCUGAUGUAAAUUAUAUUUUUCCAGUGUUUUAAAAUAAAUGCGUAUUUAUACUCCA